AUGAAGCUGCAAAAAGCAUCUGACAAGAAAUAUGUUUCUCUUAGUUACUAUGAAAUUUUGUUUGCUUCUCUCAUUGCAGGUUUUGUGUGUGUUUGUGUUGGAUUGAUUGUUCUCUCAUGGUUGUCAGUCCGGGAGUUAGAACGAGCCAAGGCAAAUGGGAAUACACAUGGCUACAUGGGAACAUUUAAAAUACUCUCUGGGACAUCAUUCACUCCUGCUUUGCAAAACAGAUCAUCAGCUGAUUUCAAAGUCCUUGCCUUUGAUGUUGAACAACUGAUACAAGACGUUUUUCAAACAAGUGAUCUGAAAAAUGAAUUUGAGAGAUGUGAAAUUUCCCAGUUCGAGAAAUCUGAAGAUGGCCUUGAAAGAUUCAAGAAGUCAGAGACUCGUGUUGUUGUGAUCUUCACCCUUUAUUUUAGCCACAUGGUAACAGUUGAGAAAGUAAAAAAUGAGCUGGUUUUGCAUAUCAACUCAAAUAAAACUAAUCUUACUCAGACACUGAAAAUUGAUGUGAACAGCAUACAAGUCACAGUAACUGCUGAAAAUCUUACUACAAUGAUGCCGUUAACUUCUGUCUACUACCGGAAGUCUUAUGACAAUAUGAAGCAGACACAUCUUGAUCUCACAAAUUCACAGAGUGCAAACCUGCAAAAAUUUCAGAUUCAGAGUCUAACUACAAGCUCCUUCACACCAACUUCAGGUUCAGGACAGCUCACUACAAGCAAGCCCUCAACAACUGCAGCUGAAUGUUUGCUACCUGCUGAACUUUGUGAUGAUGGUGUAACCUGCAUUAGAAAUGAUUUAUUUUGUGAUGGAAUCUUGGACUGCCCAGAUAGUUCUGAUGAAUCUGAAAAAAGAUGUGCUGCAGUUUGCGAUGGAAAAUUUCUGUUGACUGAUUCCUCUGGGUUUUUUCACUCUAUGAAUUACCCAAAACCAUAUAAUUCAAACAUCAUUUGCCAAUGGAUUAUACUGGUGCCUCAAGGGCUAUCCAUUAAACUGAACUUCACUUCCUUUGAAACACAAAAAUAUGCAGACAAUUUAAAUAUUUUUGAAGGUAUAGGACAAAACAAGAUUUUAAGAGCUUCUCUGUCAGGGACUAAUCCUGAGACAAUUUACAUUUUUUCUCAUGAGGCUACAGCACAGUUCAUAUCAGAUUAUUCUGAAAAUUACAGCGGCUUUAAUGCAACAUACUCUACAUUUAAUGCAAAUGAACUAAACAAUUAUGAGAAAAUCAAUUGCACUUUUGAAGAAAGCUUUUGUUAUUGGAUACAAGAUUUAGAUGAUGAUUCAGACUGGGAAAGAAUUCAGGGUCCUACUUUUCCCCCUAUGAGUGGUCCUGAUUUUGAUCAUACAUUUGGCAACAUGUCAGGAUUUUAUAUUUCAACACCCAUAGGACAUACAUUCAGAGAAGAGAGAGUCCAAAUUCUGAGUCUGCCUUUGAAUUCUUCAGAUUUAUCUUGUCUAAGCUUUUGGUAUUUCAUGUAUGGUGCUAAUGUUUAUUGUUUAAGAGUGAGCAUAAGUAAUGUGCAUGGUUUGGAAAAGAUCAUUUUCGAGAAAAAAGGAAACUAUGGGAAAAACUGGAAUUAUGGACAAAUAACUUUAAAUGAAUCAUCUGAUUUUAAGGUUAUUUUUGAUGCCUUUAAAAGACCUGGUCUCAGUGAUAUUGCCGUGGAUGACAUUGGCCUGACAAAGGGGAAGUGUAAUGACAGUAUUUAUGUAGAGCCAACUGUGAUUCCGUCUAUUACUGCCGUCCCUUCAGGUCCUACUGACUGUGGAGGGCCGGUUGAACUCUGGGAGCCAAACAGUACUUUCAGCUCUGAAAACUUUCCAAACAAUUACCCUAAUCAAGCUUCUUGUGUGUGGUAUUUAAAUGCUGAAAAUGGAAAAAACAUUCAACUUCAUUUUCAGUUUUUUGAUCUGGAAAAUAUUUAUGAUGUAGUUGAAGUCAGAGAUGGCAGAGGACCAACGUCCUUACUUUUGGCUGUAUAUACAGGACAAGACCCACGGCCAGAUGUUUUCUCUACAACAAAUCAGAUGACAGUAAUCCUCCUUACGGACAAAUCUACAACGAAGAAGGGAUUUCUUGCAAAUUUUACUACUGGCUACCAUCUAGGAGCUUGUGCAAUUAACGAGCAUCAGUGUGGCAGUGGGGAUUGUAUACCAUUGCAUAACCUUUGUGACAACCUACCUCAGUGUGAAGAUGGCUCUGAUGAAGCAAAGUGCAUGAGAUUGUUUAAUGGUUCUCUAAGCACUGAAGGGCUGCUACAGGCCAGGAUUGGGAAGACGUGGCACCUGACAUGUGCUGAUGGUUGGAAUGAAGAGAUUUCAGACAGUGUUUGCCUGCUUCUGGGGUUAGGGGAUGCAAACGUGUCAUCUACAGUAUUAUUCACUGCAGAUGGCCCGUUUGUCUACAUUGCCAAAGCAACUAACAACAGCCUAAUAUUUACAAAAAGAGAAUUCUGUUUGAACAACCAGGUGGUUCAUCUGCAAUGCAACAAUAAACCUUGCGGAAAACACCUGGUAACUCAGAGCUACAGAACAAGGAUUGUAGGUGGAAGUGAUGCCAGAAGAGAGGCUUGGCCUUGGAUAGUUUCACUCCAUUUUAAUUCCAGACCUGUUUGUGGAGCUUCCCUUGUCAGUGAUGAAUGGCUGGUGACAGCAGCACACUGUGUAUAUGGGAGGCAAUUAAAACCAUCUCAGUGGAAAGCAGUUCUUGGCUUGUAUGACCAAUCAGAUAUGACACAGCCUUCAACAGUAGUUCAAAACAUUGAUCAAAUAAUUAUAAAUCCUCAUUACACAAGAUCUACAAAAGAUAGUGAUAUUGCUCUCAUGCACCUGCAAUACGAAGUGCAAUAUACAGAUUAUAUACAACCUAUCUGCUUACCAGAAAAAAAUCAACACUUUUUACCAGGAAUUAACUGCUCCAUUGCUGGAUGGGGUACUAUUAUGAGUGAAGGUCCCACUUCAGAUAUGUUGCAAGAAGCAGAGGUCCCUCUCAUUUCAAAUGAAAAAUGCCAACAACAGAUGCCAGAAUAUCAUAUUACUAGUAAUAUGAUCUGUGCGGGAUAUGACAAAGGAGGAGUAGAUUCUUGUCAGGGAGAUUCAGGUGGCCCUAUGACAUCUGAAGAUGGGGACAAAUGGUUUUUGGUUGGUGUAACAUCAUUUGGCUACAAGUGUGCACUUUCCAAACGACCAGGAGUGUAUGUUCGAGUCACCAUGUUUGUGGACUGGAUCAAAGACAUUAUCUAUUAGCAUGAUAUUAUUAAAUGAUAAAAACAGAACUUCAAGGUUGAAAAUAAGCCAUUAGAUAACAAUGUAAACCAGACUGGCAUUUCAACCUUACAGUUAGAGAACCUGAAUAAAUAUUUAAAUUUCAGGGAGGAAAACAUUACUAAUUGAGAACUCCAUUACCAAUUGAGAGUAAUAUUCCAAAUCAGAUGCUAUGAUUUUGUUAACAAAUAGUUUUAUCAUUUUACUUUUUCUAUGAGACCAUGAGGAAACAGUUUCUUUGAACAUGAGUGUAUUAAAUGCACAGUGAAGGGCUUUACAAACCAUGGGCAGUAAAAUAAAAAAAGUUUGUAAACUGCAAAUGCUUUGUUGAAAAAUCGCCUAGAUAGUUAAUUCCAGGCCAAACAAUACACAGUUUUAUGUUUUGCACUGUAUUUUUCAAUGUAUAUUUUCAUUCCAAUGAAUAGUCAACUCUUCUCAGUAAUCUCACCACUCAUCAAAACAAAGGUAUGUUAUCCGUUUAAACUGGGCUCAUGGGAUUUCUUCUGUUUUGUCUAUUACAAAAAGCUCUGGAAUGAGGUUUAUGGAUUGUACACAAAAACUGAUCAUAUAUCAUACUGCUUUCUAAUGAAUAAACUGAAUGUAAGCCAA